AUGGGAAACACAUCUUCAUGCACACCAUUGAUCAUAUCAUCAAACUCAUCAUCAGGAGUAGUCAAAAUCUUAGCUCCUUUCACCGGUACACUCGACGUUUUCUCAAAACCCAUCAAGACCUCCAAUAUCGUCUCUCAAAACUCCGGUCGUUUUAUCACCGACUCAACUUUGCUCCAAAUCGGCCAACGAGUCACCGCCGUAUCUCCCGACGAGUUCUUGCGGCCUAGACGACAUCUCUACCUCCUCCUUCCGAUAGACAUGCUCUUCUCUGUCUUAACACACGAAGAACUCGCUCUCAUCUCCGAAAAAGCAGCAGAGAUACUCAACGAAAGUCGGUAUAAUCAUUUGAAGAGAAUAUUUCCGGUUUGCAUGUUUCCGGUGACUGGAGACAAAAGAAGAAACUUAUCAUCAGUGAAUGAUGAUGGUCAUCGUGAUCAUGAUGGUGUGGAAACAAGAGAAACCCUAGAAGAGAAGGUAUUAUACGAAUCAAAAUAUGGAUCCUGGAGGCCUGGAUUGGAGACGAUCGUGGAGAGCUAA